AUCCAGUGUUUCUCCUAUUUGUCCCCAGGACGGAGGAAAGUCCAUUAUCUGUUUCCUGACGGGAAGGAGAUGGCAGAAGAGUACGAUGUCACCACCGAUCAGCUCCUGGUGAGGAAAUGGAGGGUGAGGAACGCGCUCGGAGCCCGAGGACAGUGGCAGUUGGAGGUGGGUGAGGAGGUCUCCCGUCCAGCCGGAGGCCUGGAGCAACAGCUCAUCCAGGAGAGCAGCAGUAAUCCAAUUUUCAUGAGGAAAGACACAAAGAGUAGCUUCCAAUGGAGGAUCCGGAACCUUCCGUACCCCAAGAAUGUGUACAGUGUGACGGUGGAGCCCGAACACAGACGCUGCCUCGUCAAAACCUCCAACAAAAAGUAUUACAAGUCGUUUGACAUUGCGGAUAUGGACCGGUGCCAACUCCCACUAGAGAGCUCAGCGCUGAGCUUCACACAUGCCAACAACACCCUGAUCAUCUCUUAUCAGAAACCCAAAGCCAUCCUACAGCUGGAGGCUGAGGUGCUGCGGGAACUGAAGAAGAUGAAAAUGAGCUCAGAGGGCGAUGUGGAGUGUAACACACAGUGAGCUCGGAGUGUGGGGUGUAGGGGGAGUGUGAGUAGGGGGGUUAAUGAACGUAUAUAUAGUGUUAAACCUGCCAUAAGCUCAGGCACCCGCCAGGGUCUCUGCAAUCCCACCCUCGGCCUUUAGUAAAGCUGCUCGUUACAUGGUGCGUGAACCCUGUGUGGCACUGGCAGAGCGGAGACGUGACAAAGGGAUGGAGCUGGAGAGAGGGCGGGUGGGCCGGGCUGUGAGGCCCUGAUCCUCCGUUUGACAAUAUCUUUCAUCAAAUGAACGUGGGAUCUCCAAGCUCUGUGUAACCUUCACUGCAGUCUGAUGACCAGAAUUAUACCCUUACAUUUGACUCAAUGCUUUUAUGUCAGGAGGUAACCACAGGCUUCACAGGAUUCAGUGCAAAGUGGAGUGACUGUGUGUUUGUGGGGGUGAUGGCUUCUGGUCUGCAACUGGCUGUAACUUCCACAUUAGGUUCAAGAAUAUUAAAUAAAGUCUUCUGAAAUCUCA